AUGUUCAAAUUUGUUGUCCUUGUCGCUCUGGUCGCGUGCGCUGUAGCUGAACAUCACGCUUCAUCUUACGCAUCAUUUAAUAAUCACGUUGAACAUUCAGAUCAGCUUGGCGAUCAUCAUGAGCCACACCACCACCCGAAAUAUGAAUACAAAUAUGGCGUCGAGGACCACCACACUCAUGAUAUCAAAUCUGCCGAAGAGGAACGCGACGGGGAUGUUGUAAAAGGAUGGUACAAACUGGAGCAGCCGGAUGGCAGAACCCGAAUUGUUCAUUACACUGCUGAUAAACACAACGGCUUCAACGCUGAUGUCAAAUAUUCCGGUCAUGCUGACCAUUCUCAUCAUUAUUAA